AUGACUGUAGCCCACCGCAAGGAGCCAAGCAUGGAGCUCCAGGGUACCGAUCCCCUUCACUCAGCACGCAAGCCCCUCCCUCCCUCCCUCUUCCCUUCACUACAGUCGAAUCGGUGGAUCGAAUCGUUCGUCGGCGGAUUUGAUACUGGCGAUGCGUCGGACAGCAGCCAAUCUCUUCCGCUGGUGUCGGAUGUCGAUGUCGGCGUCGGGGCUGCUGGUGUCGAUCGUUCUGGAAAAGGUUACUGCCACCGCACACAAAUAAGUUUCAGUAAAUGGGAUGAAGAGGGUCAGGCAAAAGAGAAUGAGAAAGGCGUACGGAUUUUCCAUUGGUGCCCCGUUUCGAACCUGCCGAGUGUAAUAAUGAGGAAAGUGGACUGA